AUGGCAUCAAAACGUAAGGCUUCCGCCAUGGCACCUACUGUGGAAGGACCAGUAGAUCCAGCUGAUGAGCUUACUUUUACGAAUCUUGGUGGUGGUAAUGAGGUCGGAAGAUCUUGUCAUAUCAUACAAUACAAGGGUAAAACUGUCAUGCUCGACGCUGGUAUGCACGCUGGUUAUGAUGGACUAGCAGCUCUACCUUUCUAUGAUGAUUUCGACUUGAGUACUGUCGAUUUACUUUUGAUCAGCCAUUUCCACGUCGACCAUGCCGCUUCAUUACCAUACGUCCUUGCGAAGACUAACUUUAAAGGUCGCGUCUUCAUGACACAUCCAACCAAAGCUAUCUACAAAUGGCUCAUUAUAGACAGCGUAAGAGUUGGGGGGGCAUCAUCUAAUGGAGGCUCACACUCAGUCUACACGGAAGCCGACCAUCUCACUACAUUUGCUCAAAUCGAAGCUAUUGAUUACCAUACCACACAUACAAUCUCUUCGAUAAGAGUCACUCCAUACCCAGCCGGGCAUGUGCUAGGUGCUGCCAUGUUUCUCAUUGAAAUUGCAGGACUCAAGAUCUUUUUCACAGGAGAUUAUUCUCGAGAAGAUGAUCGACAUCUUGUUUCUGCUGAGGUUCCUAAAGGAGUGAAGAUUGAUGUUCUAAUUACCGAAUCUACUUAUGGUAUAGCAUCACAUAUUCCUCGAUUAGAACGAGAGCAGGCCCUCAUGAAAUCCGUCACUAGUAUCCUGAAUCGUGGAGGUCGCGUUCUCAUGCCAGUCUUUGCACUUGGUAGAGCCCAAGAACUUCUUCUGAUUCUAGAUGAGUAUUGGGAUAAACAUCCCGAAUUUCAAAAAAUUCCCAUCUACUAUGCGAGCAACUUAGCUCGUAAAUGUAUGUUGGUAUACCAAACAUAUGUCGGAUCUAUGAACGAAAAUAUCAAACGACUAUUCAGAGAACGCAUGGCUGAAGCCGAAGCUAACUCAACUAGUGGAGGUAGAGGAGGACCAUGGGAUUUCAAAUACAUUCGUUCAUUAAAGAACCUCGAUCGAUUUGACGACGUUGGAGGUUGUGUUAUUUUAGCAAGUCCCGGUAUGCUACAAAAUGGUAUUAGUAGACAAUUACUCGAACGAUGGGCACCAAGUGAUAAAAAUGGUGUUAUCAUUACUGGUUAUAGUGUCGAAGGUACUAUGGCGAAGCAAAUCAUGCAAGAACCCGAUCACAUCCAAGCAAUCAUGUCCGGACCACAGGGUUUCACACGAAGAUCAGUACCUGGAGAAACAGAGAAAGCUAUGAUACCUAGAAGAUGUAGUGUUCAAGAAUUUUCUUUCGCGGCUCAUGUUGAUGGUGUCGAAAAUCGAGAAUUCAUCGAGGAAAUCGCUGCUCCUGUAGUGAUUCUCGUCCAUGGCGAACAACACAACAUGAUGCGUCUAAAGUCCAAACUCCUCUCUUUGAACGCCGACAAAACCACCAAAGUCAAAGUUUUCUCUCCCAAAAACUGCGAACCAUUACGCAUCCCCUUUGUAACCUCCAAAACCGCCAAAGUCGUCGGAAAACUCGCAAAUAAUCCUCCGCCCGCUGAUUCUAGUCAACUCAUCACGGGUGUGUUGGUACAAAAUGAUUUCAAAAUGUCUUUAAUGGCCCCGGAAGAUUUGAGAGAAUAUGCUGGUUUGACUACUACUACUAUUACGUGUAAACAACGUAUGACGCUUAGUGCGGCAGGUAUUGAUCUUAUACGAUGGGCAUUGGAGGGGACAUUUGGAAAGAUUGAUGAAUUACCUGAAAGUAGGGGGAAACAGAAACAUUCGAUUGGAAAUGGUGAUACGCAUAUGAAUGGAUCAUCUGAUGAAGAAGCUGAUGAGGAAAUCGCGAAUACGAAUGCGGUAACUGCUUAUCUAGUUAUGGGAUGUGUGACGGUGAGGUAUAGGAGUAAUGGGGAAGUGGAAUUAGAAUGGGAGGGAAAUAUGUUAAAUGAUGGGAUUGCCGAUGCUAUUAUGGCGGUAUUAUAUUCGGUGGAGAGUAGUCCGGCUGCUGUUAAACAAUCCGCAAGCAAAUCCCCACAUUCCCAUUCCCACUUCCACCCCCCCACCCCCUCAAAACGCAACCUCCACGCGCACCUCUCCCCAACCGAACGCCUAGAACGCCUCUUCAUGUUCCUCGAAGCCCAAUUCGGCGCCGACAACCUAAUACCUAUCGCACUUCCCCGCCUCUCCUCCAUAGAACAACCCCCUGAAACCAAACCCGAACCCAACACCAACACCGAAAGCGAAAGUGAAACCUACGCCCUUGAAAAAGAACUCGCCCGUCUCCAUAAACUAGGUAUUCCAGUCCCAGGUAUCGAAAUUAAAGUUGAUAAGAUGGAAGCGAAGGUUUGGUUGGAGGAUUUGGAGGUGGAGUGUGGGAAUCGGGUUUUUGGGGAGAGGGUUAGGGCGGUGGUGGAGAGGGCUGUGGAGGUUACGGCGCCGUUGUGGGGUUAG